UUUCUAUAUGUUCCCUUUUUUAGAGAAAACCUUAGAAUGAUGAAAGUUAGGAGAUACUUGAGGGGUAGUGGGAGGGUACUCGCAUUUGUGUUCAUUGCCUCCGUCAUUUGGCUGCUGUUUGACAUGGCUGCACUCCGCAUAUCAAUAAACGACGUGAACAGUCAGCUUUUGAAGGAGCGAGUGAUAAAAGAAAGGGAGGUUUUCAAGCAGCAGUCCAAGAUGACACAGCUGGUGAAAAGGGGGUUUAAACACCCGGUGCAGAGGGUGGACUUGGCUGUGACACAUGCGGGCAAAGGGCCACUCAGUUCAGGUGUCAAACUAGCCCAAGUGUACAGACAGGGAGGGAAGAAACGGGACCAAAUGUUGCAACAAGCAGGAGAUAAGCUUCUCAAGAGUGACCACUCUGAAUCUGUAGUUUCUAAACAUAAUGAGGGAGCUGCCCUGCAAAAUGGUCCAUCAAAGCAGGGUGUUCCUGCUAAAAAAGCAGUAAAUUUGGAUCAGAAUGGACCAAAAUUAGAGAAAAGUAGAGUCGUAGAUGGCUCUAAUAAAGUGACUUUACCUGUAGUGCCGUCCAAUUUAACCCAAGUGCCACCUGGUGUUCAGGAAAACAAACUCAUUAAAACCGGAGAUGCCAUAAAAAAUGCUCUGGACAAAAAGGAUUUAAAGACAAAUGUAAGAGUCAAGGAUGAACCGAAGACUGGCUUAAAGGUGAGCCAGCCUCAGGCUGAGGAGACACACCCUGUUAAAACAACACCUUCAAACAAGGAUGUAAAAGGAAAGGAGGUUGAGAUAAAAAAGGAGGAAAAACAGGUCAAGAAGUUUGUCAAGUCUGAUGUGAAUGUGGCGAAACAACCGUCGAAACCUACAAUCAAGCUCCCAGCAGGAGAGGACUCCAAGGAUAACUUCACCGCUGUCAGAAAACCAGGUGUCCACAAAGUGCUUUCUCUGGAUUUGACUUACGCUCCCAGAAAUGCCAAGGCGGUAGGCCAGUUCGGCCAGGCGGUGAUUGUUGCCAGCGAAGAAGACGCAGAGGUGAAGAGGAGAUGGAACGAAGGGCAUUUUAACGUCUACCUGAGUGACAAGAUCCCUGUGGACCGUGCCAUUCCAGACACCAGGCCCGAUAUGUGUGCGCAGAAUCUAGUCCACGAUGACUUGCCUUCCACCAGUGUGAUUUUCUGUUUCGUGGAUGAAGUGUGGUCCACGCUGCUGCGCUCUGUGCACAGCGUUCUCAACAGAUCUCCGCCACACCUCCUCAAAGAGAUCAUUCUCGUGGAUGAUUUCAGCACCAAAGACUAUCUAAAGGAGCAGCUGGAUAAAUACAUGUCCCAGUUUCCCAAAGUGCGAAUCAUUCGCUUGAAGGAGCGUCAGGGCCUGAUCAGGGCCAGGCUGGCCGGAGCGGCCGUUGCCAAAGGCGAGGUUCUUACCUUCCUUGACUCCCACGUGGAGUGUAACGUGGGCUGGCUGGAGCCUCUGCUGGAGAGAGUCUAUCUGGAUCGCAAGAAGGUGCCCUGUCCAGUCAUUGAAGUCAUCAGUGAUAAAGACAUGAGUUAUAUGCUGGUUGACAACUUCCAAAGAGGUAUUUUCAAAUGGCCUUUGGUGUUUGGCUGGAGUGCGUUACCAGACGAGUAUAUUAAGAAGAAUAACAUGACCAUCGCAGAUCCCAUCAGAUGUCCAGUUAUGGCUGGAGGGCUUUUCUCCAUAGACAAAAAAUACUUCUAUGAACUUGGUGCCUAUGAUCCUGGCCUGGAUGUGUGGGGUGGGGAGAACAUGGAGAUUUCGUUUAAGAUCUGGAUGUGUGGAGGGGAAAUAGAGAUUAUCCCCUGCUCUCGAGUGGGGCACAUCUUCCGAGGACAGAACCCUUACAAAUUCCCCAAGGACAGGCAGAAGACAGUGGAGCGUAACCUGGCGAGGGUGGCUGAAGUUUGGCUGGAUGAAUACAAGGACCUUUUCUAUGGCCACGGCUACCACCACCUGCUGGAUAAAAAGAUCAUUGACAUCGGCAACCUCACGGAGCAGAUUGAGCUUAGGAACAGGCUCAAAUGCAAAUCCUUCAAGUGGUACCUGGAGAACGUGUAUCCCGAUAUGAAGGCUCCUUUAGUCAAAGCUGAAGGCCUGGUCUUCAAUCGUGGCUUAAGAAAAUGCCUCAGUCUGCAGAAAGACUCUCUGUCCUUUGAGAUCUGUGAUCUCAGCAAGCAGAGUCAGCACUUUAACUACACCUGGAUGAGGCAUCUUCGCCAGCAGGACCUUUGUGUUGCUCCCCAAACCAAAGAAAGUGGCAUCACUUUAAAAUCAUGUGAUAAUGUCAAGUCUGAACUCCGCUGGUUCCACAAAUCCUCCAACUCAGCACUGGCGGAGCACCUCAUGGCGGAGUUCGUUUCCCGCCACAUGUGCCUGGAGGCGGGGCCUCAGGGUGACACUCUUCGCCUCAGCCCUUGUGAACCCGUGAACACCUUCCAAAAAUGGCAGUUCACACAUUACCACGCUCAGUCAAGAGACUGAAUGAGUUUUAAGUGUUCAAACAUGCAAUAAAUACCACCAGUGGCCUCAUACUACAGUACAGUCUGUGGUCCAGCUUCAACACAGGACUCUCCAAAGACAAUGGGAAACGCUUUGGUGGCAGUGAUAUGUGUGUGCGCGCUGUGAAGCAGAGGGUGUGGGGAUGUGCAAUGUUUUUGAUUUCCUUUUUUUAUUAUUAUAUCAACCUCAACUGAGCUUGAGUUUAAACACUAGUGCCAGAAUCCUCUGUCUGUUUAGGAAAGUUUGGUCUGGAGGGUGCUUAUUUUGGAAAAGUUCCUCUACUCUGGCAUUUAGGGAAAAGACCACGCAUGUGCCUUUUAGAUGAUUGCUUUAAAAACUGGGCUUCAUGUGAAUGUACUUUAAAGAACAAUUCGUCUGAUAAGUUUUGUGGUAUAAAAUAUCUUCUCACUGCCAAAGAUGUAAGGAUUAACAGUGCCUCGUAGAUCUGAAAUGUAAAAACUUAUUUUCUGGUUGUGUUUGCUCUGCUGGGACUGAAUAAUGAGUUAUAUUGCAUGUAAUUUAGAAUUUACUAAUUUGUAUAAAACACAUAUUUUUGGUGAGACAUCUGCUGUACUUUUUCCAGAUGUCGUCUACUUUACAUUUCAUGAGGCUCUUGGGUGAAAACGCUGUUUCUCUGGUUUUAAAUGCUGCAUUAUAUAGAUUGGAGGUUUUUGUUGUGGAAACUGUAUGAAUUUCUUUUUUUCACUAGAGGGAAGUGUUGGUCUAAAACACCCGAUAAACCUGUGCUGUGAUUUAAUGAUUUUUCUAAGCUGUUAUCAAACUCUUACACACAAAUGCAUUUUCUAAGAAAGUAGAAAUAAAAUGACUUAAGAAUAAGA